AUGUGCGUCACAACACCAGCAAGCAACGGCCCCGCGCCGCAACCGAUAACCACCAACCUAGGCGUAGGCCAAUGCGCCGGCCCAGCAGCAGCAGGUGCUGAGAUCCUUGAUAUGGAAGACGCACACGUCCCACACAGACGCCACCUCCCCGCGAGCGUGAGCGCAGCACACGAGGGCAUGGACGACCCCGAGGCCAGUUUCGAGCUGCUUUUCGCGUCCUCAGGCGACUACGACUGCGCCUGCGAGGACAUGCAGAUGGUGCUGCUCGAGUUUGUGGCCGAUCCCGUGUCGGCCGGGCAUGGAUCCGCGGCGGGGCAUGUACGGAGUGACUCGUUCUAA